UAACGGAUUAGUUUGAUCCAAUAAAUUUGGAUGAAGCAAUUUGCCUUUUAACCAUUAACAAUUUGGCCUAAAGAUGAUCUCAUAAGAUGUGCACAUUGCUCCUUUCACAAAAUUCAACAAAUACUACCAUAUCCAUGUAGAAAUGGUAGUAACCAAUACCUUAGUGAUGCGUACAUUUACCAGAAAAUAUUGUGGAGUAGAUGAUCACAAUGAUAUUCUAUAAUUCUACUCCAUAAUUGAGAAUAUUCUAGUUUGACUAUUGAACGUUAUUCAACUUGAGUUAACUCAGAUUUGAGAUCACAUUAGCGGGAUCUUUUGGUACUCUUGGAAAUCUGCUUGAUUUGAACAAGAUUAACGGCUAUUUAAAAUGAAACCGACAAAUAAAAUAAAAUAAAAAUGUAUGUGUUAAAAAAUCGAAGUAUUAAUUUGCGCAAAAUACUCUCUGCUACUGCCUAUGUAUUAUGUCCCUCCUUGCUCCUUGUGCUAAGCUACUACCGCCACCGCCUUGUUUGUUUCCUCUUUCCUUCCUUCCUGCCUUCCAUCUCCUCUCCUGCCCUCUGUUUUCUCUUUCUCUUGUCUCCACGAAGGGAAAACAAAAGGGUUCAGAAAAGCGAAAAGCAGCAACUAGCUUAAUAAUAAGUAGCUCUGUGGCAGAAGGUCAAGGAAGCAAAAGCUGAAAGAAAAAAAUAUUUAGAAAGGAGAGAGAGAAGGAGAAGUGGGGAAGUGUUCUUAUCAAGGAGCCUCUUUUAUUCAAUCCCAUCUCCCAAGUUUCUACCUUUCACAUUUUGUUUCUCUUGCUUGGCUCUCUCCCCCUCUCUUCUCCGGGUGUCUCACUUCUGAAGCCAAACCCUUCACAACUGUUCACUGUUUUUUCAGUUUGCUUUCCUCUACUCUCUGUCUUCUCUUUGCCUUCUUUGGCUCCCAGCUAGUGGAGCUUAACUGUGUUUGUUUGGAAGUACGAUGAGUAAACAAGAUGUUAUGAAGAUGCAGACUUUUGUUCUGAGGGUGAAUAUUCAGUGUCACUGUGAUGGCUGCAAGUCCAGAAUCAAGAAGCUGCUGCAAAAAACUGAUGGGGUGUACACUACACAAGUGAACACAGAGCAAGGAAAGGUGACUGUGACUGGGAACGUCGACCCAAUGAAACUCAUAAAGAAGCUUGAGAAGUCUGGUAAACAUGCUGAGAUAUGGGGAGGUGGAGGAGGAGGAGGGAAAGGGUCAAACAAUUUCCAGAACAUGGUCAAUAACCAGUUCAAGAAUAUGCAGAUGGAGAGUGGGAAAGGAGGAAAAGGUGGCGGUGGAGGAAAAGGCGGACAUCCACAACAACAACAACUACAGCAGCAGCACCACCAGAUCUUGCAGCAGCAGCAGUUCAAAGGGAUGCCUAAAGAUUUCAAGAUGCCACCACAGAGCAAGGACAUGAAGUCAGUGAAGUUCAACUUGCAAGGCCAGCAUCAGCAACAGCAGCAUCAUAAUAACAAGCAUGGUGGGUUUGAUGAUGGCUUGGAUGAUGAUGAUGACGAUUUUGAUGAUGAUAUGGAUGAUGAUUUCGAUGAUGACGAUGAUGAGGAUGGCGAUUUUGAUGACGAGGAUGAAGAGUUUGGUAAUGGUCAUGGUGGACAAGCUCAAGUUCCUAACAAGAUGGUGAUGCCCAAUAAGAUGAUGGGUAUGAUGGGUAAUGGCCAUGGAGGACCAAUGGGGAUGAUGAACAUGGAUGUGUUGAAAGGAGGCGGUGGUGGGAAUGGGAAGAAAGGAGGCGGUGGUGGAGAGUUUGAGAUGGCAAUGGGGAAGAAAGGCGGUCACUUUGAGAAGGGGAAGGGGGACAGUGGAGGGAAGAAGGGUGGAGGAGAUAGUGAUGGGAAGAAUGGGAAGAAGAACAAAGGAGGUCAAAAACAGGAUGGGAGCAAAGACAAGGGUCAUAAGGGUGAGAAAACCCAAACCAAAAGCAAAAGCAAAGGAGGGAUGAUUGGUGGGUUGUUUGGGUUUGGAUGCAAGAGCACGAAAGAGAAAAAAUCCAUUGACAGGAAAGGUGUCAAUCUAUCUGAGUUUCAAGAUUUUGGGAGCACCAAGAAGAGCAAGGGCAAAAAUGGUGGUGGUGGAGGAGAUGGUACGAAGAAAGGUGCAGCUGCAAACCAUCAUCAAAGCAAUGGGGCCAAAAAAGGUGGAGGUAAACAGGAUGGGGCCCAUGACUUCAAACAAAUGAAAGGGUUUGGUGAGAUGGGUGGUGGCAAUAGUUAUGGUGGUGGUGCCAGGAACAUGGGUCAGCAAAUGGGGUCGAUGAGUAAUUAUGGUGGAGGAAUGGGGGGUAUGCCUAAGCCGCACCCUCAUCAUCCUUCUGCAGCAGCAGUGCAAGGAUUGCCUACUGCAAUGAAUAAUGGUGGUGGAGGGUACUAUAACCCUUAUCAAGGAAUGGGGCAGCAGGGCAAUCCUUACGGUCAGGCUCCACAUCAGCAUCAGCAGCAGCAACAGCAAUACAUGGAGAUGAUGAUGAAUCAACACAGGCAACAAGGGAAUGAGAUGUACCAUCCCAUGAUGUAUUCGAGGCCAUACCCUCCGGUGAGCUACAUGCCGCCGCCUCCGAUGCCUGGUCCUCAUGGAUCUGAACCUUACUCCAACUUCCUGAGUGAUGAGAAUGCUAAUAGUUGCAGUAUAAUGUGAAAAAAAUGAGUGUAGAGUGUUCAGUUAAGUGUAUGAUUUAUUAUGCUCUCUUUUAGUUUUAGGUUUUCUUCACUUGCUCUAUGUUAGGGGAUGAUGAUAUGCCUGAUCUCUACUGUAAUAGAAAGUAAGAAAGGCCUGCAAACAGCUUGGUAGGUUUUAUGAAGGUUUGGCUGCUGAUUGUAUUUUGUGAUUUGAGAAAGUUUGUAGAAAAUUUUGCGCAUUUGCAGCCUACCUACACCUUUGACUUGGUGGUGUAAACUCCAGUUUCAUUAUUGGACGUGAAUACGUGAUGACAUAUAACAUUAUUAGGAUGGCUAACAUAAUGCAGAGUGCAGUCACAAUUUUGCAUAAACUCUGCAGAAAACAAGGGUGGUUUGCCAAAAUUUAAAUGAGACUUAAAUAAAAAAGUAAGGCAACUUGGCUCAAUAAAUGAGAUCCAAAUACACUUGCAUUAGUGGUAUUUGGUAGCAGUUUCAUCAAGGAGUCAACCCCAAGCACAUGACAAACCACAUCUGUUCCAACUGCAACAACUUAAGAUAAAUCACAUCGCUCAUAAACAUAGUUUGUUAUCAAACAUCCCCAAUUGCUUGGUAGCAUCAGGGUGAAUCAACGAUCAUGAUUGCUUCAAGGAAGCUUGGAGAUUGAAUGACAGUAGAAUGAAAAACCAAAAACAGAUUACAAGAAAUAUUCUACAGACUAAGACAACAAACCUGUAAUGAAACUGAAUGAGAGGGAGAGAGCGCCCAUGUUCUCGGAGUUAUUAGUUUUUCACUUUUUCUCAUAUGAGAUCAGAGACAAAAGAUCUUACAAAUCUAAAACAUUUCAGUCUUCUCUCCCAGCCAACUAGGAUGAGCCGUUAGAGAACUCAACACCAUUGCCACCAAUCUUAACAGUCAGACAUUGGAAUCCACAGGUUUCUAGCUCUGAGAUCACCUUAUCAAUAAUAGUUCCUGAUAGCACUGAUUCAAGUAAAUCAAGGAAAAGCAACUCAAGAUGUAAAAUCAGGAAAACAAAAAAAGAAAUAAAACAGUAUCUGUUCAUCCUAGACCAUUCAAGGUUUGUUAUGCAGAUAAAAAGAAACAUUUAGGAAUUUUUUGGUUACCAUGUGUAUAAAAAUACACACUGAAU